AUGAGCCCUAUGCUGCAAGAAGAAGACGUCUAUGAUGUUCUCAUCGUCGGCGCGGGUCCCUGUGGGCUUGCUACCGCUGCUCGCCUUCGAGAACAUGCGCCUGAUGCACUCUUUACCGACGAGGAACACCGCCGCUAUCAUUGGAUUGGCAAAUACGGAAACAAGGUGUCAUUGAAGAAUGUUCGUAGUGGCAAGAAGACCUCGGCAAAGGCCACUCGUCGUCCUGAAUACAAAAUGGCCGUACUGGAUUCAUCGUCAGACGCUUGGCUAGGCCGAUGGAAGUCUCUCUUUAAGACUUUCGACAUACAGCAUCUCCGCAGCCCUAUGCUGUGGCAUGUCGAUCCCUUGGACCGCGAUGCCCUCCUUGCCCACGCCUACAGGACUGAGCGCCAAGACGAGCUCGUUGAGAUUCGGCACUGCGUCGGCAAGGAGAUUAGCAAGCACGCCAAGAAGAAACAGGCUGCUGGCCCUCGGGCAUACGGAGGAAAAAGUCUGACAGUCUCUAGACAAGCUGGCCGUGUGGCAAUCAACCUACGCGAUCGGAACGACUACUACACGCCUUCACAGGCUCUUUUCUGCGACCAUUGCCAAGAUGUGGCAACUCGGUACAAUCUGGGAGAUGAUAUUAUACACAAGGAGUCCGUGGAGGAUAUUGACCAUGGUGUGGUCCGUGGUAUUUCCAUCGACGGAGAAAAGCUUUUUACGGUGACGACAAAUACUAUGCGACGGUUUGCCAAAGUGGUUAUCCUGGCAGUCGGCCCGGCCAAUGUACCCUAUAUCCCCCGAACUCCAUCGAUGGCUAGGGAAGGUCCCAUCGAACAGGCCUGUCAUAGCAUGCAGAUCAAGUCAUUUCCGGACCCGAUUGUGAUGAGCAGGAUGAACUCCAAUUACCCCACAAACAUCCUCAUAGUUGGAGGCGGACUCACCUCGGCACAGUUGGCAGAUCUGGCAAUUCGUAAGGGUGUUACCAAGGUUUGGCUGCUCAUGCGUGGUCCUCUGAAGCUCAAGCACUUCGACGUUGAUUUGAAUUGGAUGGGGAAGUACAAGAACGCGGAGCAGUCACGCUUCUGGACCGCCGACACGGAUGAAGAGAGACUAGAGAUCAUCAAAGAGGCCCGCGGUGGUGGGAGCGUCACCCCUCUGUUCAAUAAGAGAGUGAAGAAGCACAUGGCCUCUGGGAAACUUGAGCUCAUGACUCACACGACAAUCAAGGAUGCGAAACUGGACGGCGAAGGCGCCGAAAGAAAGUGGUCAGUCGAACUUCAACCAGCAGCGAAUUCCCUUCCGAAGAUGGACUUCAUCUAUUUCGCGACGGGGAUCCAGACCGAUUUUUCUACACUUCCAUACCUCCAGAAGAUGAUUGAAAAAUACCCCAUCAAGGCUCACGGAGGAUUCCCUUGCCUUACCGAAGACCUGUCAUGGCGGGAGGACGUACCACUUUUCAUGGCGGGACGAUUGGCAUGUCUCCAACUGGGCCCUGCUGCGCCGAACAUUGGAGGUGCCAAGGUUGGUGCUGAGCGUAUUGCAUGGGCAGUCGAAGACUUGAUCAAGCCGACUGGUGCAGAUGAGUGGGAAGAUAUCAAUAAGGAGAAUGGAAUGGGGGAUUAUUUGUCUGGUCAUGGAAAUAUGUAUAGUGCUUUGGCAUCCGAGUAA